ACAUGACCCAAAUGUCAGUGGCAGAGCCCUGUCAGUUCAAAUAACUAACCACGUACGAAUUCAGCCACAAGCCUUGCGCUUCCCUUAAGGGACAGCUUAUGGACCUUGGAUUUGUCCUUUUCGGUCGAAGCCGAAGAAGGCAUGACGAGUAUCGAGUUGAAGAGGUGGUUAAAUGGCCCAAUUUCGUGUGAGAAGACGUCGUUACCAGAACGAGAUGAAGCUGCCAGUUACAGGGGAUUACAGAGGGUUGCAACAACUAGCAAUUGGCGAAAUGUGAAUUUAUCUGGCGGUGGUUAUGGGGAGGAGCGAGAUGAAGGACAAGGUAGGCGACACUUCAACAACAUGCCGCAACUAGAUCCAUGAACCAAAUCUCCAUACCUAUUAUGACGCUUGCCUUCACGAGCUAGAUAUACAAUAUCCGAUCCCUCAGCGCCCACACCAACUUAGCACCAGCAUCGUCACCACGCCGUUGCCGCCGUCGCCUCCGUCGCUGACCUGAGCAAAUCUGAAUGCAUGGGUGGCAGCUAUUGUUUGACCUCUAUCUGCAUGCGACCAUGUCUACGCCAACUGCCUUCCUAUGCGCGGCGUAGUCCUCGCUCUCCGCCGUCUUUCUCAACAUCACGCCUGGUGUAUCUUGGUCCUUCAAGGCGGCGACAUGGCAAUGCGCCCCCCCGUGCCCCCUCAUACCAGCCGACAUGGCCCAUGGCGACAAGCACGAUAAGCCCUGUCAGAGCAGGGGGAAAUAUCCAGAUAGUUCGCUUCGCUAGCUCCAAGGCCUCCGUCAUGGGUGACCUGGAGCGCCGCAUAGCCGCUAUUCCUAUUGACCGGUUUCGUAACUUUUGCAUUGUCGCCCAUAUCGACCAUGGCAAAUCCACCUUGUCUGAUCGGUUGCUCGAGCUUACCGGUACUAUAUCCUCGUCCAAUUCCAAUCGUCAGAUUCUCGACACUCUCGAAGUAGAGCGCGAACGUGGUAUUACCGUCAAGGCGCAAACCUGCACCAUGAUAUACAACCACCAUGGUGACGACUAUUUGCUUCACCUCGUUGACACCCCUGGUCACGUUGAUUUUCGCGCCGAAGUGACUCGAUCUUAUGCGAGCUGUGGCGGCGCUCUGCUGUUGGUAGAUGCGAGUCAGGGCGUGCAGGCGCAAACCGUUGCCAAUUUCUAUCUGGCCUUUGCCGAGGGCCUCAAGAUCCUCCCUGUUGUCAAUAAGGUCGACAUGACCGCUGCCGACGUUCCUCGGGUGCUGGAACAGCUGGAGUCGACGUUCGAGCUAGACCCGAGCAAGGCCAUCGGCGUCAGCGCCAAGACUGGCCUGAACGUCAAAACGCUGCUGCCCGCAAUUGUAGAUGCCAUCCCCGCCCCCACUGGCGACGAAACCAGACCGUUGAGGAUGCUACUGGUUGACUCUUGGUAUGAUAGCUUCCGCGGCGUCGUAUGCCUUGUCAGACUCUUCGAUGGGAUAGUCAGGGCGGGCGACCAACUAGUAAGCUUUGCCACAGGUCAGAAAUAUACCGUAGGAGAAGUAGGUAUCAGGUAUCCGACGCAAGUACCCCAGACGGUCCUUCGAGCUGGUCAGGUCGGUUAUAUAUUCUUCAACCCAGGCAUGAAGAAAAUCCAAGAUGCCAAAAUUGGGGAUACUUUCACAACAUUCGGAUCGGAACACGUGGUGGAGCCAUAUCCGGGUUUUGAGGAACCGAAGCCCAUGGUUUUCGUUGCCGCCUUUCCUACUGACCCAGCCGACUACAGCCGUCUCUCUGACAGCAUCAACCAGCUAGUUCUCAAUGAUCGCAGCAUCACCCUGUACAAAGACCAUUCCGAAGCGCUUGGUGCAGGUUGGCGAGUGGGUUUUCUGGGUAGUCUUCACUGCUCCGUCUUCCAAGACCGCUUGCGCCAGGAAUAUGGCGCCAGUGUUAUAAUUACUGAACCUGCUGUCCAAACCAAGGUAAUGUGGAGAGAUGGGGAAGAGACAGUUCACCAAAGUCCCACCGAGUUUCCCGAGCUUGAGGAUACCAAGGCUCGCGGCGCUACUUUCUAUGAACCAUUUGUGCUAGCCACCAUCACCGUCCCAGAAGAAUAUCUCGGCCGUGCCAUCGAGCUGUGCGAGGCCAACCGGGGCAAACAAGAAAGCCUUGAGCCCUUCACGGGUAUGCAGGUUAUUCUCAAAUACCGGAUCCCUACAGCACAGCUUGUGGAUGACCUCUUCGGGAAGUUGAAGGGAGCCACAAAGGGUUAUGCUACUCUUGAUUACGAAGAUGCGGGCUGGCAACAGAGCGACUUAGUCAAGUUACAACUACUUGUCAAUAAACAACCGGUCGAUGCGAUAGCACGUGUCGUCCAUCGGUCGCAGGUAGAACGUCUUGGCAGACAGUGGGUUACCAAGUUCAAGGAACAUGUGCAACGGCAGAUGUUCGAGAUCAUCAUCCAGGCCGCCGUCGGGAAAAAGAUCAUUGCUAGAGAGACGAUAAAGCCUUUUCGCAAGGACGUUCUAGCUAAACUGCAUGCUAGCGACAUCACCAGGCGGAAGAAAUUGCUGGAGAAGCAGAAAGAAGGGAGGAAAAGACUCCGCUCUGUGGGCAAUGUUGUGAUUGAGCAGGAAGCUUUCCAGCGAUUUUUAGCCAAGUAGUUGUAUAUAUAGCUCUCCUUUUGUAGCAAUAUCCUUCAAUAUGCACAACACGGCGUGUGCGGAUCAUGAUAAGGGUCAUCUUAUUACCCGGCCGAGUGAUCUUCAUAUUAUGAGGCCGCUUGCUUCCUCCGCCACUUACGUCUUGAUAAUGUAGCUUCUAGGUCUU